AUGCCGUCACCGCUCUCCGCCGUUUUCCUCUCUAUGGUGACUAGUAUGUUGGCUGCAAAUGAAGUGGAUCUGAUCUGGGAGGAGGCCAUCACUGAUGUGAAGAGCUAUGCUGAUCGCCUACUGGCAGAGGCAGAUGGUCUGUUUGGCUCAGCUGCGUCAGACUGGGACGUCGUCGGGGACUAUGAUCAUGGUCUGCGGGUGUACUCCAGGCCAAUUAAAGGAAGCAAGCUCCUCCUGGUCCGCUCGGUUGUGGAGGUUGAGAAGAGCGCAAAGGAUCUCUUCAGCUUACUGACAUCCGCGGAAGGAUCAGACAUCAUCGAUGAUUCGACCAUGCAUGACCCUCCAGUGGAGAUUCUACAGUGGGAUGACAGGGCAGAGGUGGGAUACUCCAAGACGAUUCAGUCUAAGUUCCCAUUUCCCAAGCGCUCCUUUGUGAAGGCGAGCUUCUUUGACACAGCCAACACCCAAGUCGCCACCAAGUCCAUCCUCUACCAGGCGCUGCCACCGGGUGGCGACGGAUUGACAAGGGCAUUUAAUUCGUUCGCGCUGCGCACGGUGGCCCUGGGCCCAGAUCGGUGCCGCCUGGAAAUUGUCGACUUCUUCGACAUGCGCGGCUGGUUCCCCACGUGGAUUGCAAACAAAUUCCACAAAGAUAUGUUCUGUCAGAAGCUGCACAAACGCCUGUGGCAGCACCUCGGCAUGGAGUCUGUGCCAUCAUCUGCUGCAGUGACUGCGGCGUAG